GUUUUGGUGUGUUUUGGUGCAGCUGUCAAGAUGAGGAUGAGGAUGUGGGUGCUUGUUGUUGUGAUGGUCGUGGUGGCCGCUGUGGCAGCUGCAGCUGCAGAGGAGCCCAAGGUGAAGCAGCCACCCAACUUCCUGGUGCUCAUGGUUGACGACCUCGGAUAUGGAGAUCUGGGGUGCUUUGGGCGCAAGAACGUGUCCACGCCUCAUGUGGAUAGCUUGUGCCGAGAUGGCGUGAAGAUGGACCAGUUCUUGGUCCCAGCAUCGGUUUGCACUCCAUCGCGCGCAGGCUUCCUCACUGGCCGUCUGCCGCGCCGCUUCGGCAUGACCGCAAACGUGCUGCCAUGGAGGGUGAUGGCAACCACAGGACAGCCCACCGGCUUUCCAGACUCUGAGAUCACCCUGCCAGAGGUGCUGCGCGAGAAAGGCUACGCAACGGGCAUGUCGGGGAAAUGGCAUCUUGGCAUUAGCAACCUGACACACCACUGGGCACACUUGCCGAAGCAGCACGGCUUUGACAGCUGGCUCGGCCUUCCGUACACCAACAUGCACGGUUGCGACCCCUACCACGGGCUGCAGAACGAGUCUCUCCGUGAUUGCAUGGUGAUGGCCAACAACACCGUCGUCUCCCAGCCAACCAUCUACUCAAACCUCACGCAGACGCUGACAGAUCACGCCAUCCACUUCAUCACGGAGAAGGCUGCCCUCAACCAGCCCUUCUUCUUCUACAUGGCAUAUGUGCACGUGCACACGCCCCUCUUCUCCAGUCCAAAGUUCAAGAACGUCAGCGCUGGCGGUGUCUUUGGCGACAACGUGGAAGAAAUGGACGACAGUGUUGGCCAAAUCCUGCGCGCCCUCGACGAAGCACACAUUGCAAACAACACGCUGGUGCUGCUGACAUCGGACAACGGCCCGUUCCUGGAGGAGGGCUGGAGCAGACGCGGCAGAACAGGCGGUCUCAAGGGCGGUAAAGGCCAAACGUACGAGGGCGGAAUUCGGGUGCCGGGCAUUGCGCGCUGGCCAGGGGUGAUACCGGCUGGCACCGUCUUGCACGAGGCUGUCACAACCCUUGAUCUCAUGCCAACGUUUGCUGCACUGGCUGACACGACCGCGCCCACGGAUCGCAUCAUCGACGGCGCCAACGUGUGGGAGAUGAUGGUGCACCCGCACAACGCAACGCGCCCCGAUCCCAUCAUCUGGCACUACUGCGGUCACAACGUCACAGCAGCCCGCAACGGCCGCUACAAGCUCCACUUUGCAACGCAGAUCUGGGCCUCUGAUGCGCGCCCCACCCCACUGUGCAUCGAGUGCUGUCCGUACAGCCCUCUCUCGUUCAACGGCACUGGUGGUUCGCUCUGCCCGUGCGAUGCAGAGCACCUGCAGCGCCACGACCCGCCCCUCAUCUUCGACAUGCUCACAGAUCCUGGCGAGUCUCAGCCGCUCACGCCGGAGACGCUGCCAAACUUCAACCAGCUCGUGCGCGAUACAAAACAGGCGCUGGCAGAGCACUAUGCGACGGUGCACCCGACGCGGGACGAGAUGGUGUCGCUGCCAAUACCGCCACUCAGCCCGUGCUGCACAAACGAAUGGUUCAUUGGCGACGCGUGCGCGUGCCAGAUCUACGAGGAGGGGAAGGUGUACCCAUAGGGUGUUUGGUGGUAGUGGCGCCACAGUUAGCUGCAUGCCAUGAGGAAGACAAAGUGUUGUGUGUUACAUUACUCUCCUGUGUUGUGUUGGAACAUGUGCUGGAACGUGUGUGGUGCAGCGAAAUGGAACAAAGAAAGAGGCA